UUGUGGGAUGCGGGCGGAGCUUCAGGACGAGGAAGUCCCCCGCCUCCUCCUCCCCUCCCCCAGCGCCGUCUCUUCCUCCGGGCCUGGCUGCCGACUGCGGUGCCUGAGGAGGGUUUUUUGGACGAGGCUCUGAAAAUUUGGAGUGCGAGAACAUGUCUCAAUCUGGUGAGAAAGUGAAGUUUUCUGACUCGGCAGGAUAUGUAGGCUUUGCCAAUCUCCCCAACCAAGUCCACAGGAAGUCUGUCAAGAAAGGUUUUGAGUUCACCCUCAUGGUGGUUGGUGAAUCUGGCUUGGGAAAAUCCACUUUAAUCAACAGUUUAUUUCUGACUGAUCUCUAUCCUGAACGUUACAUUCCUGGAGCUGCAGAGAAAAUAGAGAGAACGGUCCAGAUUGAAGCUUCCACCGUAGAAAUAGAGGAGCGAGGGGUGAAACUCCGUCUCACGGUAGUCGACACUCCAGGAUAUGGAGAUGCCAUUAAUAGCCAAGACUGUUUCAAGACCAUCAUCCACUACAUUGACAAUCAGUUUGAAAGGUACCUUCAUGACGAGAGCGGCCUCAAUAGGCGCCAUAUUGUAGACAACAGAGUUCAUUGCUGCUUUUACUUCAUAUCCCCCUUUGGACAUGGGCUGAAGCCCUUGGACGUAGAAUUCAUGAAAGCACUUCAUGGGAAAGUCAACAUUGUCCCUGUGAUUGCCAAGGCAGACACUUUGACACUGAAGGAGAGAGAGAGACUGAAAAGAAGGGUUUUAGAUGAGAUUUCUGAACAUGGCAUAAGGAUUUACCAAUUACCUGAUGCAGAUUCCGAUGAGGACGAGGAAUUCAAAGAGCAGACUCGAGUUCUGAAGGCUAGCAUUCCUUUUGCUGUGAUUGGGUCCAACCAACUUAUUGAAGUGAAAGGGAAAAAGAUCAGAGGUCGCCUGUAUCCCUGGGGAGUGGUGGAAGUCGAGAAUCCGGAGCACAAUGAUUUCCUGAAGUUACGCACCAUGCUGGUGACCCACAUGCAGGAUCUUCAAGAAGUGACUCAAGAUUUGCACUACGAAAACUUCCGGUCAGAGAGGCUAAAACGCACCGGCAAGCCUGUUGAAGAAGAAGUUGUGGACAAAGAUAGGAUCCUUCAGCAGAAGGAGGCUGAGGUAAGCUUGUGAGCAAAACUAAGUCAACAUCUCAUUA